CGGAAAAGUCAGAUGAUUGGUCAAGAUUUACGCCUCUAAAUCUUCGAUUGGCUGCCGCCUUCCAUUGCUAUGGUUACUGUGGCCUGCUGGUCCUUUAGGAGCCUGUGAAGCAAAUGGAGCUUGAGGAGCAGAGCAGCAAGGUUGUACCGACUGAGCGAUGUCAUGCGCCCACGGCAGGGGACUUCUGUGUUUCCGAGGUACCCGAGCUUUUAAGAGCUAUAUGGGAGGAACCAGAGAGGCCAUGGAGAAACCUUGGAGGUCGCGUUAAAACUCAUCGGCAGCACCGUCACAGACUCUGUCCUCUGGGGAGAGAGAACUAUGCUUUAAGGAAGUUAAGGGAAGCAGCCAAUGGAAAUGAUUUGGAUACAGUACAACAAUUGCUAGAUGAGGGGGCAGAUCCAUGUGCAGCUGAUGACAAGGGACGGACAGCAAUUCACUUUGCAUCAUGCAAUGGAAAUGACCAAAUUGUAAGAUUACUUCUAGACCAUGGUGCUGAUCCAAAUCAAAGAGAUGGACUGGGAAACACACCAUUGCAUUUGGCUGCCUGUACCAGCCACGUUCCAGUAAUCACAAUGCUGCUGCGUGGGGGUGCCAGAGUAGAUGCUUUAGAUCGCGCAGGUCGCACCCCCCUUCAUUUGGCCAAAUCGAAGCUUAACAUCUUGCAGGAUGGAAAGUCGCAGACAUUGGAAUCGCUGCGACUAGAGGUGAAACAGAUCAUCCAAAUGUUGCGGGAAUACUUGGACAAACUUGGACAGCAGGAGCAAACAGAACAGUUAGACCAGAUCUGUUCUAGACUGCAGCGAACUAGCACCAAGGAACAGGUGGAUGAAGUAACAGAGAUGUUAGCUAGCUUCACAUCACUCAGCCUCCAGAUACAGAAAAUGGAGAACAGGUAGCCAGACCUCAGUUAAGAACUGUGAUGUCUUUCAGUGACAUGGACAACCUGGAAAGAUGCAGUACCAACAUAUUGCGCUAGCUGUCUUUUUUUUAAUGUAAAAGGUAAUUAAAGGUACAAAGACUGAUAGUGUUUUACCCAUAUCUAGUCAUUUUUCAUUUUAGAAGUGCUUAUCCGCUGUCAUUAAAAUAAAAAUUGUAUGUGCCUGAAAACAAUGUUUAAUGGAUGGGAGUAAUGCUGCUGCAAAAAAAUCAGAUUUACUGCAGUUUUCAAUAAUAUAUAAUACUCUAUUAAAUCAAUCUCAAGCAACAUGGUUUGCAGUGCCUCUAAAGUAUUAUACAAUACUGCAAUGAAAGGGGAACACCACAAAAACAUAACUUUUUGAAAAGUAAACAUAAUUUCAAGCAACUUUGCAAUAUACAUCAGUUAAAAAAUAUGCAGAUUUUCAUGAUUUUAAUGGUUUCUGGCAGUUCCCUGAGCCUAGGCCCCCCUGCUGAUCUGUCUGACUACUUUGCUGAGCUGGUUGACUACUGUUACUUUGUAUCAGCAGCCAGCUGUCCUCAGCCUGCAUCCUCCAAACCCCACAAUUCCCUGCACACAUGAUUUCAAUAAGGAAAGGAACAUCAUGGUGCAAUGCAUUGUGGGUUAUGUAGUUCCUGCAUGCUGUCUGUAAGCUGUGGAGAAGUUGUUACAAAGUGUUUAGUCCCUCCUUCCCUGCCAGGAUUUCAAAUGAUGCAGAAAGAGAAGAAUUGUUAAACAGCUGGAUUGCAGCAUAGAAAAUGGCAUUUAUUCAUACUUUUUGAAGAAACAGGUAACUGUGGUGGAUAUAUUAGGGGUUUCUGUGUUAUGCGGGCCUCUUUAUCAAAUUUUGGUUUGGAAGCCGGAGUUCCCCUUAAAAAAAAAGAACCCUGCAAAACCUUUAAGGUAAUUUCACAAGCAGAACACCCAUGACUGUCUCCUGGAGCUCCCACCGAUUAGUAAAUGUACAAAAGUGUAGAUUGCUCUGUGAGUGCUCAUGCUAGCCCUUUGUUGUGUUUCCCAUUAAAGCAUAGGUGGCAGAGGAUGGAUACUGGAAUUGUUCAUCUGAGUUAUCUGAAAUACAUUGCCUGUGUGUGUGGCAUUAGCCUUAAAAUAAUCAUUAUAAGAAAAUCGGUGGAUUCUGGCAAAUGCGAGAGGGGCUGCUAUAAGAUGUCAUAGAUGGUCACUAUUUAGUCGGCUACUGGGAGCUGUUUGAGCCUCUGUGUACUUGAAAUGCCAGAUCAUAUUUUAAAUCCCAAUCUAGUCCUGCCUGUUAUGCUAUUUGCCUUGUUUAUUAUGCAGGUAGUGCUAAUAUAUACAUUUUUAAUGUUUGCUUGAUCUGCACUUUCAAAAAUCCUUUGUUUCAGGUGUCAUUUAAAGGAAUUGUUCAGUGUGAAAAUAAAAACUGUAUAAAUAGAUAGGCUGUGCAAAAUAAAAAAUGUUUCUA